AUUUUAAUUAGCAUAAUUUGUUUGACUUUGCAAAUAAAUCAUAUACACGAAUGUUUGUUCAUAUUUUCAGUAUCUGCAACAGCAUUUUACAAAGCUCAAGCAGUGAUAGAAUUUAUGUGUGAAGUGUUGGAUAUACGGGAAAUUGGCGAGCAGCGAAAACCUCUUACCGACUCUCAACGUGUGAAGUUCACUAAGGAAAUUAAGGGAUUAAAGAUUGAAAUAACUCACUGUGGUGCAAUGCGAAGGAAAUACCGUGUGUGUAAUGUAACCAGAAGACCUGCUCAAAUGCAAUCGUUUCCACUACAGCUAGAGAAUGGUCAAACUGUUGAAUGCACCGUUGCUAAAUAUUUCCUUGACAAAUACAAAAUGAAACUCAGGUUCCCGCAUUUGCCCUGCCUCCAGGUGGGUCAAGAACACAAACAUACGUACCUUCCUCUGGAGGUGUGCAAUAUUGUUCCUGGUCAGCGUUGUAUUAAGAAGCUUACUGAUAUGCAGACAUCGACCAUGAUCAAGGCCACAGCACGAUCAGCUCCAGACAGAGAGAGAGAGAUAAAUAAUUUAGUUCGAAAAGCAGAUUUCAAUAAUGAUCCAUACAUGCAAGAAUUUGGUUUAACGAUCAGUACAGCAAUGAUGGAGGUUCGUGGACGAGUGCUUCCACCUCCAAAGCUGCAAUAUGGAGGGCGAACUAAGCAACAGGCAUUACCAAACCAGGGUGUAUGGGACAUGAGAGGGAAGCAGUUCUUCACAGGGGUGGAAGUUCGUGUGUGGGCAGUUGCUUGCUUUGCUCCACAGCGAACGGUUCGGGAGGAUGCAUUACGUAAUUUUACGCAACAGCUUCAGAAAAUAAGUAAUGAUGCUGGCAUGCCCAUUAUUGGACAGCCAUGUUUUUGCAAGUAUGCGAAUGGACCUGACCAGUAGAGCCAAAAAUGGCUCUUACUAUCUAACUUAUUUUCUGAAAUUCUAGCGGAAGUGAAGAGAGUAGGUGACACUGUGUUGGGUAUGGCAACUCAGUGUGUGCAAGCCAAGAAUGUUAAUAAGACAUCACCACAAACUUUGUCCAACCUCUGCCUCAAGAUUAAUGUCAAGUUGGGAGGCAUCAAUUCUAUUCUAGUCCCAGGCAUCAGACCUAAGGUGUUCAACGAGCCAGUAAUCUUCCUUGGUGCAGAUGUAACACAUCCACCAGCGGGUGAUAACAAGAAACCGUCCAUUGCAGCUGUAGUAGGUUCCAUGGAUGCUCAUCCUUCAAGAUAUGCCGCAACAGUUCGGGUCCAACAGCACAGACAGGUGGGUCUAUGACAUCAUAGUGGUGAGUCACCUCAGAAGUUAAUACUGUUAUAAAUUGAGAG